AGCGAUAAGGCGCAAGUAGUUGUUCCGUCUUCAUAAAUAGGAGCGCUCCUUUGGAGCUUGCACUACCGAACCGUCUUCUGCACGCCGUUCACACAGUCAGCAUGUUGAAGGAGAUCGCCUGUCUAGCGCUGCUGGCCGCCGCGGCCCAGGCCUUUGUGGACAAUGGAUCCGCCAGGCUGAGCAUGACGGGCGGCGACGUGGUGGAGGACGCGAAGACGUACAGCUUCCAGGUGGCCAUCCGGCCGCGCCGCACCCAGAACGGCCUCCAGGUCGACCUGCCCGUGUGCUCCGGGGUGCUGAUCCUGGGUUCUGACGCGGCUGGGGCGGACGCCUACUUCGUCCUCACCUCCGCCACCUGCGCCCUCGCCGGCACGACGCACAACAUCUUUAUCGGUAAAAACGAGGUGAAGACGACGACCUCCCCGGACGUGGCCGACCAAAAUGCCAACACCGCGAUCAUCCACCCCGAGUUCCUGAAGACCUUCACCACCGCCGACCUGGCUAUCCUCCCCAUCGACAAGGCGGUCGGCGCCGCUGCUACAUCAACCGCCCUCCUCCUCUCGGUCGACGACACAACAAAGAGCUACCUCGCCACGAAGGUGAAAAUGUCCGGCUGGGGUUACCCGAACGACGUGUUCAAGUCGCCGUCCCCCAAGCUCCGUCAGAUCUCCUCGCGGGUGGUGCCCAACCUGGUCUGCACCCUGGCGCACCUCGGCAAGCCCAUCAGCGGCGCGCACCUCUGCACCGCGGGGCUCAUCAACAAGGGCCCGUGCACGGGCGACUCGGGCGCGCCGCUGAUCGUGGAGGCCGCCGUCGAGGGGACGACCGUCUCCAAGGUGAUCGGCAUCGCCACACUCACGCCCAACAACGGCUGCAGCAGGGGCCGGCCCGGCGUCUUCACCAAGCUGGGCAGUUACUUGCCAUGGAUCCAGUCCAUCACGAACUACGACGUCGAGCGCACGCAGUAAAUCGUACGGCGUCCCGGACGGAAGUGUCUAUUCGUUUGUGUAAGAAAAUAAAUACGCUUACACGCAAGAAAAUAAACGGUCAUUUUUUUCA